UUAUUACUAUUAUUAUUAUAAUUUAUAGUGUCUUUAACUAUCAUAAAAUAGAUUAAAAAUGUUACAAAUCUAAUUUCAAUAAAACAAAUUUAUUUUAUAUCUUUUGUGAUAUAAACUUAAACACAAUUAAUUCGAUCUAUAUUCAAGUCUGCUUCCUCAAGACAUGGUUAUGACUCCAGUAUGACUUGAACCCAGCAACUCUUGAAAGGUUUCGAAAAAGACACUGUCACAACAUAAUCGCCUACCAUUCUCAAAUUGUAGUUUUGAAAAAGUGGAUAUUUCUAAUUAAUCAAACAUAUUUAUUGAGAGGUAAACUUAUUGAAUUUAAAAAUCUUGUUACAGUGAAUUAUGAACAGAUUAUCUAGAAACGACUACAAAGCUUACCCAAGAAUGAACAAAACACAUAGAGGACAAGAUUCGCAAAGAAAAUCGGCAAAUCGUAGGAAAGUUGAUGAUAAGACCUCACAGACGAAAAGGCGAAGUAAGAGCGCUUUACCACCACAGGGCCAGCGGCCGAGGUCGAUGCCACAAAAUCGUGGUCAAGUUAGACAGCGCAAAAGACGUGCAAAUGGACAUAAUAGUUUUAAAGCUGAAAUACGGAAUCACUCUGCAUAUGAGUUAAAGAGGUACCUUGACGAAAAUUAUGACUCCGUGCAACAUACAAACAUAUAUGAAAGAGAAAUUCCCAAAGUACCCGCUUCUCAAUGGAAUGAUACAAACGUGUCAAAGAUGUUUUAUCAAACUGCCAACCG